UAAGAAUAAGACGACAGUGAAAAGGCUAGUUGUAAGACGUUUUAAAAAUGUAAGGUCUGUACCUUUAACAUGACCCGUAUCUUUAGGGUCAAAGUCUAACUUGCUUUCAAACACUGCUCUAAAACAUAACUAAAAGAUCCUAGAAUAGAGCUGAAGAGCUGUAACAAAUGGAGAUUCCAAUCUUUACUGUUGAUGCCUUUACUAAUGUGCCUUUCAAAGGCAAUCCUGCUGCAGUUUGUCUCAUAGAAAAUGAGCUGCAAGAUGAUCUUUAUCAGAGCAUUGCUUCUGAGAUGAAUUUAUCAGAGACUGCUUUCGUCAUUAAACACAAAUCUAUGGAUUUUUCCACAGGUUCAAGGUUUGGAUUACGCUGGUUUACCCCCAAAAGUGAGGUUGCACUAUGUGGACAUGCAACACUGGCCUCAUCAGCAGUGCUCUUUUACCUUAAAAAAAACAUCAAUCCUUUUGUGGUGUUUGAGACUAUGAGUGGGGAGCUUUGUGUCCGUCGUCAUGAAGACUCAAUAAUAAUGGACUUCCCUUUAAACAAACCACAGCCACAGGAUCAAUGUGAAUUCAAGCAUCUUUUAACGGCUGUUGUAGGAGAUUUACCCAUUGAGUGUGUGUGCUACAGUCCAACCACAAAGAAACUGAUGAUUCGCCUGGCUGACACAUGCGACAGAUCUGAUCUUGUGUCUCUGAGGCCAGAGGCAGAGUCUCUUCUGAGAUCUGAAACCACUGGCAAGAUAAAAAGUGUUGUUGUAACACUGAAAGGGGCUCAGAAUGCUCAGCCUGGAUAUGACUUCUACUCCCGCAACUUUGCACCCUGGGUUGGAAUCCCUGAAGAUCCAGUCACUGGAUCUGCACAUACAGUUCUUGCUGGCUACUGGUCUGAGAAGCUAAAGAAAAAGAAAAUGUUGGCUUACCAGUGCUCUAGUCGAGGUGGAGAGCUGAAGCUGGAGAUAAGAGACGAUGGCCGACUGGACAUCACUGGUCAAGCGCAGAUCAUUCUUCAGGGAACUCUUAAAAUCUAAAUAACUGACUGAUGAAAUUUGAGGAUAAGCUUUCAGUGAAAUCUGCUGCAUUUAAUCUUCACUUUAUAUUAACGCAGUCUAGGUUACAUGCCCUUUAAUAAGAUCUUAAUGUAUAAAAUAUUUUUUGUUCAUCUUGUGUUAAUUCAAACACAUUUUAGGGAAAAACUAAACCCAAAAGUAUUAAUUGGUGAAAUCUUUUAUUAAACAAAACCUUAAAAUACUGAAAAAUGUAAGAAACAACAGUAAAAAAAAUACACAAAUAUAAAUAUAUACAUUUAUAAAUUUAUAUGUAUAUAUAAAAAUGCACGUUCAAAACGGUCUAGACACCACAUGGAUAAAACUAUAAUGAAUUUAAAAAUGAGACAUGAGGUAGAAAUUAAUUGCGUA